CCGCCCACGCACCUCCAUCAGGUCGGGGUGAGCGAGUGUUCGACCGUCUCGGAGCACCCAGAAGCCUGGAAGCAGCCGUCGCGCGGAGGGAGGUCCCGGUACAUAGCCCGCGUCCAUGACACCAUGUCCGUCCCGCCCCACGGCGUAAACCUGCCCCAGCGAAGGGCCUUGUGGGUAGCAGCAGAGGGGCGAGCGGCGGCAGUGGCGACGGCGACGGCGGCGGAAUAUGCACAAGCUAACUAAGGGCCUCAAGAAGACCAAGAAGAAGAAGAAGGGCAAGAAGAAGGGCCGCGAGGAGGAACUCUUCGACGCCGCCGAGCUCGAGGAGUACCGCCGCACCCACCAGCAGCAGCAGCAGCAGCAGGACGGCGCUCCGGAUCAGGAGGACCAGGGCGCCGAAGCGGACGAGUGGCGGCAGUUCAAGGCGCUGACCGCCGGCGUCGACACCGUCCUCCGCAAGACCCAGGACGAUCUCGACCGCAUCCGCUCCACCAGCUACUUCCAGCGCAAGAAGCCCGAGUCCGAGGCCAAGCAGAAGGACAAGGGCGAGGACGAGCAGCCGUCCAAGAAGCCUGAGGGCGGCGCCAAGAAGUGGGUCGGCUUCGAGGAAGGUGCAGGUGGCCCGGACCCAGAGGAAGCCAGUGCUGAGCCCACAACAGCAGCCCCUGCUGCCACUGGUGAAGCCUCAGGCGCAGCUUCCACCGCCCCAAAGGACCUCCUAACUGCGCCCGACACAGGGGACCUUCUCGAGGAGUCGGCCGCCGAGGAAUCUUCUGAGGAGGAGGAGGAGGAAGAGGACGACGAUGGCCUGUUCGACACGUCCUACGUGGACGCUGUCACCAGCGGAGAGGUGAAGCUCGCCUACAUCCCAGACAGCCCGGAGCUAGAAGUAUCCGGAGGCGCCGACGACCCGUUUGACACUUCCUACGUGGAGAGCAUCGCCAAGCAGGCCGAGGAGGAUCUCAAAAAGAGGCCGGCGGUCGUGCUCGACUCGGCGGUGGUGAAGGUCCUCGCGGGCAGAGCUCCGCCAGCCAGCAGCGCCCUCAAGCGGCCCUCGCCCUCCCCCAAGCGGCAGCAGCGCGCCGCAGACGUCGACCUCCUGCUCGCCAGCUUCGACGAGAACGGAAACGCCCCCGCCGCCGCCUCAGAGGGCGCCCCAGUCGAGCCCGCCCCCAAGUCGCUGCUCGACGACCUAGACGACGUCCCCGCGCCCCCCACAGCCCCCGCGCCACAGACGCAGCCGUCACCGUCGCCACAUCCCCUGCUGAUCGACGCCCUCGGGGCGUCCGCUUCCCCCAGUCCCCUGCCGACCACCGCGCCAGACCACGACCACGACCACGACAAGGCAGCAGCAGACGACCAUCAACCCGGAAGUGACCUGCGCGACCUGGUCGCCGAAUUUGACCUCAUCUCAGCGCCCGACUCCACAGGGGUCCUUACCGCACCAGCCGCUCUUUCUGAGCCCAGCGUCAAAGUACAGGUUGUAGAUUUCCCCGACGGCCAGGACGAGGAGGAGGAGGACCUCGACGACGAGUUCGCGGCCCUCGCCAAAGAGUCGGUCUCGCGGAAGGCGUCCUACCAGCCGCCGGCGGACGGCGCCGACCAGGACCAGCAGCUAGACCUCGACCUCGGCCUCGGCCUCGAGCGCGACCCCUUCGACACCAGCGUCGCUGCGGCGGUGCUCGGCGAGCAGACCGCGCACGACUCGUUCGACAGCGAGGUAGCCGGGCUCACGGACCAGCCGCCCGCGCUCCCCCAGUCGCAAACCCAAGGCCGCAAGCCGCGCGCCUUCCCCAUCUCGCCAGACGUCGACAUCGUCCUCGCCAGCGACAGCCCCAGCUCCUGGGCCGCCUUCGACGACGACGCCGAAGAACCUACCACCAAAGAGAGCAAGCCGGCUAGACCGCCGCCCCCAUCCGCCGCCCCCGCACGCGGCCAGCAGGAGACGUUCCACGAGAGUGAGCUCCGAGCGCUUGCCGAGGACUUGGUGGCGCCUGACCCGUUCGACACCUCUUUCGCGGAGGGAAUCCUGCCCGUCAGUUCCGACCUCCGCGUGCUCGAGGAGCAGCUGCUGCAGGGCAACCAGGACACCUCGGUGCUCUCCAGCGUCAGCAUACACGUCACAGACCCGGCGGGCGAGAAGCUCGACCACUCACCGGGCGAGGAGGAACUGAACUCCCUGACGCCCAGUCACCGGGACCUGCUGGGUGGCAGCACCACAGACCUCUCCAAGCUCGGCCACGACCCCAUCGAGCCGGCGGCCGGCGCCGCAGACGAAGCGGAGGAACCCAGCUGCUUCGCGGAGGACCCGUUCGACACCUCCGUGGUAGAGCGGGUCGCAGCACCGGGCAAGGCGGAGCUGCGCUACCUGGAGGAGGAGCUGCUGGGAGGCGUGACCGCCGCCCCCGAGCGCCGACUCAGUGACCCCGACUUCGACCCCAGGGCGGCCGAGGACGAAGCGCAGCAGCAAGCCACUGCCGUAGUCAAAGAGGUGGUGGUAGAAGCGGAGGCCGCAGUCCAGAAGCGGCCUGACCUGCUGGGAGCGGCCACCAAGGUCGUCUCGUUCGACCUGCCCACGCCCUCUGAGCGGCCGGACCUCCUGGCCGUCGAGGAAGACAAGGCGCCCAUCGCCAAGCCGCUCACCCCCUACUACCCGGAGCCCAAGACCAUCCUAGACGACAUCGCGAGAAUCGCAGAUCCGUUCGACACAUCGUUCGCAGAGAACAUCGCGCCCGGCCGCGCGGAGCUGCGCCUGCUGGAGAACGAGUUGCUGGAAGAGGGACAGCAAGCACAGCAGCCGACGCUGCGGCACAGCCUCUCAGACCCGGACUUCGACCCCAGGGGGGAGGAGAAGGCAGAGGCGGGCCAGCAGCAGCCAGGAGAGCAGAGCAGUCCAGAGCCGGUGACCGCCGCGGCAGGAGCAGCCGGGAGGCGCCGCUCCGAGCUGGUAACUCCAGCACCACCUCCAGCGGACACCGCCCUCCGCAGACGCUUCUCUGACGUCACAGGAGACCGCGGCCCCAGGGCCAGGGCGCUCCAGCCACCGGACAGCCUCCCCUUGGCUCUCUCUCCCAUACAGGGAUCGCGGCCAGACCUCUUGCUCGUCGAGGAAGAGGACGCAGCAGCAACAGCCAAGCCACUGACGCCAAUAUCCAGAGGAGGACAACCAGCACUCCCAGUGUCAGACGACCCGUUCGACACUUCAGCAGUCGCUGGCAACUUGCUGCCAGGGAAGGCCGAGCUCAAGGUGCUCGAGAGCGAGCUCAUCGGCGGGCCUCUGAAGCGCAGCUACACCGACCCCGACUUCGACCCCAGGGCCAGUGAUCCCAAGGGGGACGCGGACCGGCCCGAGCAACCCCAGGAGGCUCACCCAGACCAGCGACCCACCACACCCGACAGGCCCGACCUGCUGAACCUGCCACCUGCCGAGUCCCAGCUCGCCCACAAGCCGCUCACGCCGACAGACUCCCUGCCAGAAUCCGCCGCGCCACCCGUCGACGGCUGCGACGUUGACGACCCCUUCGACACCUCAAUAGUCGACGGUCUGGUGGCCCCGGGCCGCGCCGAGCUCAGAGCGCUGGAAUCGGAACUCAUCGGGGCUCAUCUUCGUCUAGCAGGCUCUCCAGUUCCUCCUAGUAAUACCACAGCUCCUCUUUGCUCACAAGAGUCGCCAGCCAUGGAUUUCGAGACGGCCAGCAAGGGCGGCAACCCGUUCCUGAUGGACGACUUCCCGACGGCGUCAUCCGCGAGCGACGCCCUGGGCAGCGGCGGCAUCUUCGGCACGACCACGACCGCGCCCACCAGCACGUCGUCCAACCCAUUCCUCAGCGACUUCGACUUCUCGGCAGCGGGGUCGGAGGCGGCGCCGCCGACCACGGCUGCUGCCGGCCCCGCAGGUGACAACCCGUUCCUCAGCGGCGACACCGCCGUCUCGUCGCCCUUCCUUCUGGACGACGCGCCCAGCGGGGGCAGUGGCGCCAUAUCCUCCACCAACCCCUUCGCACAGUUCAGCUCAGCUGCCACUGGAGGAGGUGACAUCAACCACCUGGACUUCUUCUCGUCGGUGGCGGUGACGACAGCGCCAUCCUCCGCAUCGGCGGGGGCGGACUCGUUCGGCUCUGGCGCCGGCAGCGACUACAGCAGCCUGUUCGCGGCCGCGGAGCCCGCCUCCGCAGUCACCACGUCCGCCGCCAGCGCCCUCGACUUCUUCGGGGGCAGCGCAGAGCCGGCGCCCGUCGCGCAGCCGCAGCAGUACCAGCCGCCUCCCAGGCCGGCGCCGCCCCCGGUCGCCGCCCUCCACCAGCCUCCAGCGGCGGACCUCCUGGCGGACGAUGCGGGCGACUUCUGCAAGGCCGGCAGCUCGGCUAACUCCGCCCCGCGCGUGUUGUUUCGGCAGGAGACGUCCGACAUCUUCGCGAACGCAGACGUGGACGGCGCCAGCUGCCCGCCCGCGCCCUCCUCGCGGACGAGCACGCCCGGCGGCGGCAGGGCUCCCAGGCGGCCCCCGCCCCCGCGCCCGCAGCCGCCCAAGGAGACCAAGGACCUCAUCCUCAGCGUGACCGGCGCCAUGGAGGCCACGUCCUCGCACCUGCUAGACAGCCCCACGCCCGACAUGAUGCUGCCUCAGCACCAGCUGCAGCCACAGCCCCAGACCCUCCAGCCUCAGUCGCAGCACGCGGGGGACCUGCUGCUCGGCGUCGACGACGACGACCUCGACCUUUCGGGGCCCGCCCCCAGGCCUCCGCGACCCGAGAAGCCGCCGCCCCCGGCCGUGGUGCAGCAGCAGCAACAGCAAGACUUCAUGGACAUCUUCGGCACUGCUGACGAGCAGCCUCCAACAAGUGUAUCCCUGGCGCAGACGAACCAGGCGCCAGCGCGGCCCAGCACUUCGGACAUCCUGGGUCUGUUCGACGCCGCCCCCGCCACCACUGCCGCCAACGUCGACGUUAUGAUGCAGCAGCAGCAGCCACCCAGGCAGCCUUCCGGGGGCGCAUCGCCCGUAGCAGCAGACCUGCUGCUGGGCGACGCCUUUGGGGAGCCGGUGACGUCGGCCCAAGAGCUUCAGCAGCAGCAGGACACGUCUGCCGUGAUGGACUUCACGGGCGUCCCUGCGGGACCCGCGGCCGCAGAGAGCGACCACCCAGUGGCGGAUUUCGACUUCCUUGGAGGACCGGCUCCAGGGAAGCUGUCCCCCGAGCCCCCGGCGACGGCGCCGGCUGCUGGUGGGGGCGGCGACCAAUGGGGCGGGGGCGGCGACGACAUGCUGGGGGCUGCGGUGGCGGACCGCCAGCCGUCGGCACCGCAGCAGCCGCAGGCCUACAACCCGGGCUCGCCCUUCGCCGCAGACACGGCGGCGGCAGCAGCAGCCGCAGACGACUUCGACGCCUUCACAGCCAAGUUCGAGAGCGCCGGCGCCGCCCAACAGCCGGACAGCGUGCUGGUGCAGGUGGGCGGCGGGGGCGCCGCCGCCGCCGCGGAGGACCCCUUCGACCCCUUCGGAGGUGGCGGCGGCGGCGGGAUGGGGGUUACUGCAAUGGACACCAGUGCUGAUGACGUGUGGGGCGACAGCGGGGGUGGCGGAGGUGGCGCCAGUGCCGGCGGCGACGCCUCGGGAGCGGGCUUUGGCGCCGAGGACAGCUUCGACGCGUUCCUCUCGCUCAGUGAGCCGCCGCCACCGCCCCAGGGCACGCCCGCGCGCUUCAACAGGGCCGGCUCGGCUGACAGCGACGAGGCUCCAGACUUCUCCAUCUUCAUCAGGCCUAAGGGUGCAGAGUCAAACGAAGUGGCUCCGCAGCUGGCACCGCCCCCAAAGAGCCCACUGCCCGCCCCUUCGGCGGCAGAACCGUCGCGCUUCAACCCAUUCGACAAGAGCAGUGAGGACGCUGGCGUUGCCGUCGCCGCCACCGCCGUCGCCGCACCUGGUGGGGAGCCUGCCCUGCCGCAAGGGGCAGAGGUGCCGGACGGGAUGCUGCAGCGGACGGACUCCCAAGAGACGCCGCCGACGCCACUGUUCGACGAGGACGUGUCGCAGCCGCUGGAGCCCUUCCCCAGGACCACCUACCAGGGCGACGGCUGGGAGAUGCACCUCCGUCAGCCCAACAAGAAGAAGAUCACCGGCCAGAGGUUCUGGAAGAAAGUGUUCGUGCGGCUGGUGUACCAGGGCGACAGCCCGGUGCUGCAGCUGUUCAACACAAAGGACGACAAGGAUCCAUUCCAGGAGCUGCCGCUGCAGCCCUGUUACUCCGUGUCCGACGUGGGGGCGCAGCAGUUCGACCAGUACGGCAAGAUCUUCACGGUGAAGCUGCAGUACGUGUUCUACAAGGAGCGGCCGGGCGUCCGGCCGGGCCAGGUGACCAAGGCGGAGCGUCUGACCACGCGCAUCAGCCAGUUCGCGCACCACGCCAUCCAGGGCGACUACCAGGGCUGCAAGGAGUUCGGCAGCGACCUGCGCAAGCUGGGCCUCCCCGUCGAGCACGCGCCGCAGAUAUCGCAGCUGUUCAAGAUCGGCUGCCAGAACUACGAGGACAUCAAGCAGUUCGGCGUGUGCGUGGAGGAGGCUCUGUUCCGGCUGUCGGCGCACCGCGACCGCGCGCUCAACUACAAGACGGAGGAGGUGCAGAUCACCGCCGUCGACGAGCUGUACGUCGAGCAGGACGCGCACGGACACAUCGACAAGCAGAUCGCCCGCGUGCGCCUCUUCUUCCUCGGAUUCCUCGCCGGUAUGCCAGACGUGGAACUGGGAGUGAAUGACCUCUGGCGGCAGGGAAAGGAGGUUGUGGGUCGGCACGACAUCAUCCCCGUCAUCACAGAGGAGUGGAUCCGCCUGGAGGGUGUAGAGUUCCACAGCUGCGUCCAGCAGGAUGAGUACGAGAGAUCACGCAUCAUCAAGUUUAAACCUCCUGACGCAUGCUACAUUGAGCUGAUGAGGUUCCGGGUGCGACCUCCACGAAACAGGGAACUACCUCUACAAGUCAAGGCCGUCAUAUGUGUCACUGGAAACAAGGUUGAGAUAAAGUCAGAGAUUCUGGUUCCUGGCUUCUCGAGCCGUAAAUUGGGGCAGAUUCCAUGUGAAGACAUCAUGGUGCGCUUCCCCAUCCCAGAGUGCUGGAUCUACCUGUUCCGUGUUGAGAAGCACUUCCGGUAUGGUUCUGUCAAGUCGGCCCACAGGAGGACGGGCAAGGUGAAAGGCAUCGAACGAAUCUUGGGAGCCAUGGAGACACUGGAACCAUCACUGAUAGAGGUGACAUCAGGACAAGCCAAAUAUGAGCACCAGCACCGCUCCAUCGUGUGGAGGAUGGCGCGUCUGCCCAAGGAGGGUCAGGGUGCAUACACGACACACUCGUUCGUGUGCCGUUUGGGUCUGACAUCGUAUGACCAGAUCCCAGAGCAGCUGGCAGAGUACUGUUAUGUGGAGUUCACCAUGCCUGCCACACAGGUGUCCCACACGACGGUGCGGUCCGUAUCUCUCUGCAACGGUGCCAAGGAUGAUCCCCCAGAGAAGUACGUGCGCUACCUCGCCCGACACGAAUACAGGGUGGGUAUCGAACACACUCAGGGUGAAGGCCCAGGGGCAUAUGUGGCAGCCACAAUCACGACUACCAAGCCUCCACCAGCAGAGUUGGAGACACUCGAAGAAAAGGAAGCUGCACCAGCUGCCGACUCGGAUUCAGACUCAUCUAGUUAACCUCGUGAUCAAAUGAUGCAGUAAGGUAAGUGCUCACAGUUCACCUGAGGAUUAUACCGGACUGGUUGGUGCUUUGAGUCACACCACUCACUAUACGGACAAUACAAACAGUUAUAUACAUGUAAGUUUAUGUGUUGCUGAUGAGAGGAAAACAUUGUUGUAUUUAAUAUUGUAGAGAUAGACAACAGUAUCAUUAAUGAUGUAAAUUAAUGUCGGUGUUUAUAUGGAUUAGAUGUUUAUUUUUGUUGACUUUGUCAGAGGAUUAUUUUUAUUUCAUAAUAUUUAUUCAGUUAUUCAACAGCAACUCACUGAAGCCACUGACUAUAAAUCUAGAAGAGCCAGAGUGGGGGAGAUUUUUGCAUAACUUUAGACUCAGCUGAUAAUAAGUGUUUCCACAUAAGAGAGCUGCGUCACUUGUUAAUCUGAUAUUUAACAAUUACUCGAUGCAUAAUUUGUACAGGACAAUAUAAAUAACUGUAUGUUUUUGAUGUUAAAUGGUACAUGCAUGUAAUGUAUUGAACAUAUUUAAAUUUUAAAGUCCUUCAGACUGUAACAUAUGUAAUAAACUUGUGAUUUAUUUCUGAAUGAUGGUUCCCAUCAUUUACCUGAGGCACAACAAUGCAAGAGGCAAAUAUAUUAGUAGCAAUGUACAGUCACAUGAACCAGACAUCCUAGGAUACACUGUUCUCACGUGACUGCAAACAUUAAUAGAAUACUUUAAGAUAAGUUGAAGUUUAUUUCUUAGAGUUGCAAAGGGGCACAGAAGAGAAAUCUCGUGCCAGUGUAUGUAGUAAUACUUAUACAUAAUCAUGUAAUUAUGCAUAUACAUGUAUUGAUUGUUAUUGAUGUCUUUUCUUUCUAUGCUUUACCAUGACUAAGUGCUCAAAUAAUCUGAUCUCAAUGUGAGAUAUAACAAUGUACAAUAUUCCCUUUCAGUUUGUGUGUAUGAGAGUUGUUUAAUGUGGAAAAGUUGAAAUUACUUGUUACUAAAUAUUGAAUGGUUACCAGAUUUCAAAGUUUAAUGUUAGCCUAUCCUUUUCUAACACACGCUUUACUAAAUGUAUAGUAGAAGGCACAGCUCUCUCCUCUAAAACAUACAAAAUACAAAACAAGGAAAUUACACGUGUCUAUCUCAUAAUGGUUAUGUUGAUUCAACUCAGGGUAAAUUUUUUUCUUCACCAUUACAUGUCUCAAAUCAAGCUGCAACACUUCAGAAUAUUUUCCAAGGUUAAGGCAACUAUCAACAGAAGUAAAUUAAAAAGAAAUGUGGUAAUAAGUGCAACUUAUGCCGUAAAAUUCAAUCUAAACCUGUAAUGUGUUCAUUAAUUGCAUUAACUAUAAAUGUGUGGUUUCUGAUGACUAAUUUAAACAUUGGAUCAUUUCACAGCAGUUUAUUAUUUUAAAAAUUUACUUUAAGGUCAGUUCUUUAAGAUCAUAUUUCAAGGAUGUGCAUAAAGAUUCAUCUCCACUGCAACUAUCCCUGGAAGCAUCUGAUUUCUGACAAUGAAUUAUGAAAUAAUAAUGCUGUAACAUUUAAAAAGAUAUUUGUUGAAAUUUAAUGCAUGGUUUUAAAAUAACUUCAUUUUUAGGACAACUUCAAUUAGUGUAAAGAAAAGAUUUUUCUGUAUACAGUGUAUACACUUUCUAAAUGCUAUUAGAGUUCUUGUUGAGUAGUGAAAUGUUCUAAAAGCACAAAUGAAAGCUUAUGCAGAAGGACGUUAAAUGUGAAAUGAAAAGGUCAAAAGAUUUUUCAGCCUUGCAUGCCUUUUAGCUGUACAUUUACUUAAGAGUGAGUUGAGAAAUUUAAUACAUACUCUGCUACUGUUGCUGCUGCUACUGCUGACUUUUUUCUCUGUACAUGCUUCUUCCAAAAUUUCCAUGACACUGAAAGGUAAAGAAUGUUAACCAUUAUUCAUGGUUAAAACUUGACAUGUUUUAAAGUCCAGGUGUACACAGUUUGAUUCCACAAAAGGUAUUAGAGAAGGGGAAAAAAUAAUAAAGGAAACAUUUAUGUGGAGAUUCCACACUUUUUACUAGUCCACAACACUCAUUCUUUGAUAAUUUUUAACCUGUUAAUAUCAUUGAACAACUCUAUUCUUCAAAUACAGAUAUUUCAAAUAUUAAUUUCUGUGACUUGCGAAUUUUGAAAAGGAAGAGUGAGUAUGCAUGGCACACAGGAGUAACAGUCUACUUUGAUUGUUUGGUAUUCUAGAUAAGAUUGAGUUUACAUUCGAUAUAUGUUGAAAUAGACUUUAAAAGCAGAGUGGAGGGGUAUAUUACAGCUAAUAUAAUUACUUAUGUUGAAAAUUUAACAAGUUAUUAAGUCAUUCAUGUAAUUAGCACAUCUAAGUUUGGUUUAGUUCUGAAUGAGAAGUUAGUCUAAUUUUGUCUGAAUAGCUUAUCCGACAUUCUGCUAACAAUUUUUUUUAGUAACAAGAUAAAAGAUCUCACCAUUUCAUCCUUCAAAUUUAAUUCAUCUUAGCUGUACAUCUAUAUUAUAAUCAUAUCUGUCUCUCAUAUAAAAUACACAUGCAGAAACAAGACAUUUCAAAUUUAAGUAGUAUUUCUGAAAGCCAUAGUAUAACCAAAGCAAAAUAGCAACUGAAAUCUGUCACUUUAAGAUAGUUUGUUAAAGAUCUUACAAACUUGUGUGUCUCAGUGCAGAUGCUAUGCCCAGCAUUAGAUACACACUAUAUUCUUGGUUUACUGUAUGCUGAGUAGAUGACUAUCAGUUCUCAUAAGAAAUAUUUUCAGUUUGGUUCUCUGCUUGUAUUCAGUGGUUUGAUAACAGUUCAGAACCAUGAGUACAACCAGAUGGGUGGGUUGUGGGUCUCAAGCUCUGCUGACAGAGAUAAAUCUGAGUUAAAUGUCACACAAACAUUACUUUCCUAGUUGUUAAAUGUGGGUCUGCCACAGUAACUCCAAAAUAUUUCUUUCCUCAAGUAAAAGAAAAGCUAAAAUACUUAAUACAAAUGAGAUCAAAAUUCACAAAUUCAUAGAAAGCUGUUCUCACAGCUUCAUGAAAAUUCUUAAUAAUUUAGAUCAUUUUUACACAAUUAGUUCAUUAUACAUAUUCCUGUGUCCAUUUUUCAAAAUAUGUUUGCUCAGCAGUCAAACACAUUCAUAGUGCUACCUGAGUUACUGGGGGAGUACGGUAACAUGAACAACUUCCUAAAGACUUAAGUUUCAGUUUUCAAAUACUGUAUAUGUUAUGGCAAUGUAACCUUCUUUGACAAGUUUUUUACCUCUUUAGUUAUGUGGCAUUAAUGGAUAAAAGAUUUUAGUUGGUGAAGAGUUCUCAGGCUUCCAGCCAGGUGGUGGUGUCUUCAAACUGCGACGUUUCGACGAGUGACAUCUUCUGGUGAAGGUGAUGAGUAUGUCACUCAUCAAAAUACUGCAGUUUGAAGACACCACCACCACCUGGUUGGAAGCCCAAGAACUCUUCACCAGCUGUAUACCCCGGGAAAGCAUUCAUUCAUAUUUAAGAUUUUAGCUAUUGCAAACAUCGUAAGAAUAUAUUCAUUCAGUUCCACAUUGUGCCUUGUGUGUCUCUCACCAAAGAAUUGUUAGUACAUUAUCCUUUUCACUAUUCUGCACUGCCCUCUCUCUCUCUCUCUCUCUCUCUGUCUGUCUGUCUGUCUGUCUGUCUGUCUGUCCGUCUCUGUCUUUCUUUCUUUCCAGAGAAGAUGACAGCACUAGGGACUGAACAGUUAAAUCGUGUAGUGCACAUCUGCUGAAUCAGUUUUAAUCAUUACACAAUACAUAGUCAAAAACUGUCUCAUUCCUUAUUUACACAAAAUUGCACUCAAUAUUUCCUAUACAUGUUAUAAGAAAAUAGUUUACAUUACAUAUGAGAGGGUCAGAAGCAAAGGGGUACAAGUGAAAUUUCCCAGAAAAUGAGAAGUUUGUCUAGAGCAUAGCAAGGCAUGUAGAAUUGUGGCAAACAAAUUAAAGUGAAAAACCAAUCUGUGCUCUAUGGUAAAUGAAAAACAAAAUAAUUACAGUAUGUCAUGAAACAGUUACGUUCAUAAAGGGUUACUGAUUUUUUGUGUAGUAUGUUAUCUAACUGACCCUUUUGUGGUUUAUGAAUGGAGGGAAGUAAAACAGAUGGUGAAAACCACAUUCAAUAGUGACCUUUCUUAUUAUUUCUUAUUUCUUAUUCUUUCUUAUUGUAAGCCACAAAAGGAAUGGUGUUCAUGUAGCAUUACAUAAAUGUUUUGUUAUAGCUCUAAAUAGCAAUUUUUUAUAACUGAAUUGAUAACAACCAAUGACAAAACAUUAGAGGGAAAGCAUAAAUCACAUUCUUCUUAAUUCAUAAUUUUCUGAAAACAAAGGGAUACAAGUGCAUACAGACUUCUAUGAAUUGUGUUGCAAAACUGAUCAUGUACAUUAACCUGUUAUUCCAAGAAGCAAACAGAAAAUGCUACACACUGUUUUUCUCAAAACUACAAGACGUGUACCAAUACCCCUUUGCUUCUGACUCCCUUCUAUGAAAAAGAUGUGCCUCAUGAACUGACCUGAACAUUAAUAGAUAAAUGUAUUUCGAGAAUGACAUGUCAUUUUAGGCAAGUUAGACAUUUUUGACAUUUCAAAUUCCACUUGACAAUGGCUAUAGAACUCAAAUCAUGAUUUUGUGAAAUAAAUUAAUAACAAUCUACAGUCAAAUGGCAACAAUUCCUUUCAAUAAGUUCAACAUGAUAGUGCACCUCCAUGAAGGAAGAAAAUCAUUUAAGUUCUCAGGGCAGUUUUGUCAUAUUAACAAUAGCAUGAGGUUUCAAGUUAAAAAAAGCCUUGUUUUCCUAUUUUUUCUUUUUUCUGGAGUAUCUAUGGCUUCUUUAUAUUAUUUAAUUAUUUCUGCCCCUCAGAGAAGAAUUUUGCUCUUGAUAUGACACAAAAUUAGUUUUCUUUCUUUGCUCAAACAGUUUUAUAACAAUGAUUGUGUGGCUGUUUUGGCAGAGUACUACAGGAAUGCAAUACUGUUUUUCAUAGUUGCUAAUAAGGAGAGUAUUUGUGGUGACAUUUACAUUUCAGAUUCUCUCUGUAAGCAGAGUAUUUCUAAAACAGAAAAGUUAAUUGCCUAUGUAAUUCAUAUAACAUUCAUUAAGCAAUGACUAGUUUCAAAAUUUCCAUUUUGGAGUCUUCAGAAUUAGCAAUUCAUAGAACAUACUGCAGUAUAUCAUAUGUACUGGUACCUUAACAGUUCUUCGAUGUUGAAGGAUGGAAAUUAAAAUCCUACAUCCAGUUGAAUGUUUACACAUUGGCUGUGAUAAAAAUUGAGUUGUGUGAAUGGUUUUAAUAUUUUUUGAGACAUUAAGCAAAGUCACCUGUGUUGCUAAUCUGUGUCAGCGUGGUAUGUGCAACUUGAUACUAAGUAUGAAUUCUUGCCUCAGUUUACACAACAGCCUGUAGGUGACAGUUUAUAUCAUGUCAAGGUACAAUGAAACAACCUCAAAUAAAAUGGCACACACAUAUUUUGUACGUUCAAGGAGACUGAACAUUUAAACAAAAGAACUCCAUUCUAUCUCCUAAUAACCCAUGAGAAUAGUACUGAUUUCUUUAUUCUAAAACAGUUUCCAGUUUUAUAGAGUAACACAAAAACCUUGCCUAUAUCACCCACACAAGUCCUAACAGAUCACAAAAAAUUCAUAUUCCUUUUUGGAGAAAUUUUCUCAUAAGCAGACUCAAACUGUGCUUCAGAGCACCACCAGAUGUAGACUGUGUUUUAAUUCCUCUUCCUUCCCUGGUAGUUAGUGGUUACUUUGGUUCCAACCAAUGAUACUUCACAUAGUUCAUCAUCUGUUGGGAGAGCUUGCAGGCUAUUAUUAAAUCUUAUACUGAUAUUUUGGCUGACAACCUAACAAAGCAAUUGAAGAAUCAAUGAAUCCACAGUGAUUACAAAGUAUUUGGUUGUUGAUUAAAAAUGGCAUAUGUUGGAAUGCCAUGCCGUGUAGAUAUAAAACAAUAUUUCCUUUGAGAUCACAUGUGCAAAAUAAAGAUUUUUCCAUAAUUUUUCGAACAGGAAACCCUAGUCUCAGUUGAGCAAGUUUGUCUGCUAAUUGUAUUUCUACAGCUUUCUUGACCACUGAAACAAAGUAGGAUGAAGUUGUGACCAGUAUCCUAACUUUUCUGGACAGUGGAAAUAAGAUGCUAAACCACUGCAGAGUGAGUGUUUCACUGCUGUUCAAUGCAACAUUCUUUUACAGUGCUUGUCAUUUGUCCUAUAUACUUUUUAUGCCACUCACAAGGAAUUUUGUGUAUAGCCAUCCUUCGUAACAUCAGAUCAUCCUUCACAGACCCUAGAAAAGCUGCUGUCUUCGUAGAUGGAUGGAAAUAUCACAUCUACUUCAUGCUUCUUCAUUAUUCUUCCAAUUUUUGAUGAAAUAUUUCCAAUGUACAGUAAAAAGGCUGUAGACUUAACAUUUCUUUCUUCUUGCUCAACCAAUACACAUUUACUCUGCAAUGUAAAGUACUUAAGUCCUGCAAGUGGUUCACCUAAAAUGGUUGAGAGGGUGGAAGCCACAAUAUAGGUACAAGAAUUAAUAAUAUCCCAGCUGCACUCCAAAAACUGAUGGAAUAUUCAAUUCAUGAGGAAAACUUAGUGUCACAAUACUUAACGUGUUUCCUGGAGUGGACAUUACAGUUUGCUGUAUGUUGGAUUUAUUUAUAUAGUUUGGUCCAAAGAAUAUUAUGUUGAAUGGUGUACCAAAGACAUGGAAAAAGUCAUGUACAUAGAAAUAUAAAACAGUAACACAUAAACAUGGUAAGGUACAAUAAUUAAAGUAUAUAUCACAUCUCAAAAAUGAUGUAACUUAUGUGUCAGGUUUAUGCGCUACAGUUUAGUAACAUCGUGACAUUCAAAGUAAUAGGAAUUAUAAUACUAACAUAAGUGUAAUAAAUUUCCAUACAUCUUAGAAACUGUAGGUGACCAUAGAUUUUUCAGCCUCAUUUUCAUUAUUUAUGUGGUUAAUCCAGUGGUGGGCAACUUGUUUUUUAAAGCUAUUAUUAUUAUUAUUAUUAUUAUUAGUAGUAGUAGUAGUAGUAGUAGUAGUAGUAGUAUUUGUUCCUGAUUUCAAGCUUUGCACUCUGUUUCACAAGUCUGUAAGUGCAAAUGAACUCAGUUUUUCAAACGUAUUCACUGUUCAAAAUGUUUCACAGAUGACUGUUAGUGUAACUGUUCAUGAUAUUUCUGUGAAAUGUAUAUCCACUAUCCGCAACUGACACUGGAAAAACGAAAUAGUCACUGCUUAUGAAUCAAUAUUUUGCAGUGGAGAUUAUCCCACACAUGGACACACAAAUCCUAACUAAUUUUUAAUCUAUUUUUCACGUUGAAGUGGGUCAUAACUGCAUUACCACUAAUACAAGUAUUUCACUGAACACACCCAUAACAUCCUAUAGCAAUGGAGUUAGGUAGUGUAGGCACCAGAUCAUACAUUGUUGUUAUACUUUGCUGAAAUAAUGUGUACACAAUUGAUGGAUCAUGUACCACAAUAAUAAUGAUUACAUACACAUACCUCAGAAGGAAACUGUGAAAAAGCUGUAGCUGCACUAAAGUAUUUUUCGUGUUUGUCAUGCAUCCAGUGUGCAAUGCAGGAGAAUCAGUGCCCUUGUAGAUCACUGACCAUGCAAUAUUAAAGAAAAAUUCUUACUCAGAUACAGGAUCACAUUUUUGAGAUUUGAUUGUAGGUCAAACCAGUAAUGUCAAGGAGUUAAAAAUAUGAAGGUCAGCUAGAAAAUAAAUACUAUUUAGUUCUACAAAAUUAAAAAUACAAUAUUUGUUGAUAAGAAAAAAACAGUUUUGUAACAUACAUAAAGCUUCCUUCACCACUCAACAUAACUUCCUGCCUUUAAACAUUUGUUGUAUCUGGUCAUGAGCUUCAGAAUUCCCAUGUUAUAUACUCUACAGUUGCCAGUUCAUUAAAAUAGUCAGUAACUGCAUUCUCCAACUCUUCACCACUUAAAAAAUAUUAACUGCCCACAAAUCUUUCAGCUUAGGGAUAAAUGGAAAAUACUAGGAGCCAUACUAUAGGGUGUAGGAGCCAUACUAUAGGGUGGAUAAUCAAAAAUUUCCCAUCUCAUUUGAUCCAGCAUUUUCUUAGGUGCAGCAACAGUGUGGUGGCAAGCAUUGUCCUGAAGAAGCACAAUUUCUCCAGAAGACAUUUCUCACCUCCUAUGUUGAAUGGCUCACCAUAGUUUUCUUAGCGUCACAUUAACGAUUUGUGUUGACCACCUGGCUUAAUGAACUGGUGGCAGUGGAGUAUAAUACGGUAAUGUUGAAGUUCGUGACCAGAUAUGACAAAUUUAGGAGAUUGUGUAGAAAAAUGAAGGUUGCUUCUUAUAUGUAACAGUACUUUUUUUCCAAUAAAUAAUCUGUUUUGUAUAACUAAAUGGUCAUUUUCAUUCUGUAUGGCCCUCAUACAAAUAUUCAAAGAAAUGUGUUGUACUUAGAAUCAUUCCACAGCAAUUUAUCUUUGAUAUCAAGAAAGAUUAUUUACAAUAUGAGUUGUUUUGUGAUGAAAAACAUGCCAAAAGGAAGCGACAGCAAACUUUGUGACCCCACAUAGCACAGUCACAUAAGAUUUGAGCAACAUUAAUGUUCCCUGUAACUGUGAUUUAAAUGAAAGAAAGCCAGUCACACACUCCACUUGUAUGAAUCAGUAAAUGAUUGCUUGUUUGCUGUCAUUUUCAGGAGAAAUACAAUGUAUGCUCAUAAUAUUUUCACAUAAAUAGCAUUGCAUUCAUUUCUUACCUCAACUUGAGAACCAGGGAUAGUGUGUGUGUGUGUGUGUGUGUGUGUGUGUGUGUGUGUGUGUGUGUGUGUGUGUGUGUGUUAGUUUGAAAGUCAGGGAACUCUGAAACUAUACUGUGAUAUUUUAGGCAGCUGAUAAAAUUUAUCACAAUCAUUGACACACAUUGUACAAUAGUUAACCCCCACUGAAGAAAAAAAAGCAGUUCUUACAAUGGUUAUGCACAUCAAUUCUGUUUCAAUGUUUUACUUCAAAAUAAACUCCUCACAUUUCCAAAUUGCCUUAAAUCUAACGAAAUAUUUCAGUCAGGAGUAAAAAUUAUCACAACAAAACUAUACAACUACAGUUUUAACACUAACAUGUCAAUUUGAAUUAAACAAAAUGGUAAUUUUAAUACUGACAUUAGAACUGUACAACUUCUUAUGUAUAUUAGGAAACAAGUAUAAAAUUUAACACAGAAUACAGCAGACACCAUUAACAAUAGUUCUGUAUCAUUUAGCUUUAAAACUAUCAUUACACACACACUCAAAAGUUAAGCAUCUGCUCUUCAUUUGAGACCAAUCUGCCAACUACACGCAUGUUUAAUCAUGAAUGUUUCUUGUGCAAAAGAAACUUUUAACUCAGAUUGUUUAGCAAAUGCCUGCAAAAAUAAAUCACGCCUGUGACAUGAAAUAUGACAUUCCCAACUUAAAAAGGUUUAGACCUACACCUUGGUUUAUUCAAUUGAUUUCUCAUUUUACUGGUAUUUCUUCAAUCUGCACACAGUCCUCUUCACCCAACCACUUACAAUAAUGUUUAAUUACUUGCUAUUAAAUUUUCUGAGAUUGAAUAUGGGAAUUGUUAGCAUUAAUUUCAUGUUUUUAAAUGUUUUAUCAUUUGAAUGUUUAGCCCAAUAAAAACAAUAAACAAUAUCAGGGGAAGAACUUUUCAUAAAAGAUAUUCAAUGUGCCAGAACAAUCUGCAUUACAGUUGAGACAUACCAGUAAUUCUUAGAAUAUAAUUUGGCAAAUAAAAUGACAGAUAAAAUAACUAAGUUAUGUGAAUAAAAACACAGAAGAUUCUUUGAAAUAGUUCUGGGAACAAAGUUGGUGAUCAACCACAUUUAGUACAUUUAGGUGUUUCGAACAUCAGCAACUAGCAUUUCAAGAAUGUUAAUACAAAUUUGUUUCUGUUUUGAUACAUUCAUGCUUUCCUUUUCAAUAUAUUUUUCAUAUGUUUUGUUUACUAUUAAGUCAAAUCUCUAUGUGCAGACACCACCACCUGUUAAUUACCCCCUUGUUUCAUGAGAUGAUGUAUUUGUGGCUGUCAUUCCUCAAUGUUAAGAAAUUUGAUUUUUUUUUUAAAGAUACCAUAAAGCAUGCAAAAUUAUCUGCAGAAACUGUGAAUAAGUAAGCUUAAAGAUAUUCUUUGCUGCUUCUAUAAUGAGAAUAUUUUUCAAAUCCUCAUUUAUUAUUCUUUGGUAAGUUGCAAGUUAUUGAUGAAUAAUAAAAUUUUAAGGUAUUUAAUUUCAACCCCCAACAGCAUUCUACUGUGAGUCAGUGUUAUUCAGCUUUGCCACAAGACAUCUGUAGUUUUAUUAUAGAAUGGUUGUUUGGUAUUCUUGUAUCCCUAUUUCACCCCCUUUCCCCACACCCACACCAAUCUCUUUAUUGAAUGGUAAUGAUGUGAAGUACAAAAAGUAGGUAUUGAACCUGUCUCCAAGCAAACAUGACUAAAUAAUAAUACCAACAGAUUCAUAUGUGCAAAGUAAUUCAGAAAAUGUCAUGGACAUACCAUAUCUUGUCAUCUUCUUUUAUCAGCUUUCCCAGAAGUUAUACUUUCAGGAAAUUGUAGGAAUCUUACCUAGUUUUCUCAUGCAAGAUCAUCUGAAUACUGAAGUAAUACUAACAGCUUUUAUGGCCUGCCAUAAAUCCCAGUUACUGCUUGGAGAACAUUCUUGAGCUACUUUCAUAAAAUAAUUAUUUCUACUGGGACACUAAAGUACAUGUUUGUAGGUAAGGCAGAUAUUACUGAAACAAACAUAUACAAAAAAAUUAAAUGUAAAAUGAUAAUCCACAUCAAUAGUCUAAAAGAACUUUUUAAUAGUAAUCAAGGUGUAUUUUGAUGCAAUGCCUCAACAGGAUUUCAGUUUCCUGUGGAGUGUACUUUUGUGGGAUACCAUACGCCAUGAUGCAAUAACAAGUUGACAGAUUUCAAAAUGAUUUAACAUCACUUUCAUGGAUUUUUCCAUUUAAAUUUAACUUCCCAUAUACAGUUUUUCAUCCUUACAUCUGGCAGUUUCCUCAGUACAAAGUCCAAAUCCGAGGGAAAAGUUGUACUGUGAAAUGCAUAUUUUACACCUAAAUAAAAAUAAAAAUAAAAAUGUGAUUUUUCAGACAGGUGGCAGUGCUUGUUAGUUAACAUUUCAUCCUACCAUUGUCAGAGAUGGGAAUAAAAACCAUUAUGAAUAUCAUAAAACAUACUGUGAAUGAAGUGAGAAUUACAAAAUUUAAAAACCAUCCAUAGAGAUUGGACUUACAUAUUCUGUUUAUUAAAUUAUCUUACAUUUUUGAAAUAUUAUAUAUCUAAUGAAUUACUGCUAAGUAAAUAAACACAAGUUCAGAUAUACGUAUUGUACAUUUGUAGAAACACCUCUUGUUAGCACUGUAUCAGCAAGUAGGGGGGACUUUCCAUUCUGCAAACAGAAUACAUAAAAGGACCAUUUCAAUUUGGUUUAUGGAUUUGGGUCACUGUACAUAACUGCUCCAAUAUUAUACUAAUGAGAUCAUUGCAGUAAUGCAUAAACACAAGCCUAGAGUUUUCAUAGGGAUUUUCUUUAACAUACAUAAAUACAGAUUCAUUUAAAAUGCACUGGGAAACAAAAUAGCAUAGACAUUACAUUAAUCUACAAACUGCAUGCAGCCACCUCAUGGACACCCUGUCCAAAAUAUCAAUAACCGCAUGAGAUAAAUAAAUAAAAAAAUAUGAACGGAAAAAUACUCACAUGUAAUUUCACACUAGUAUCCAAUAUGAUAAGUGAGAGACUUUGACUAUCAAAUUAAAGUUACAGGCUUGACCACUGCCUCAGUCACUGGAAAUACUUAAACUUCAUGUGGAGAAUGGAAAUAGCUGGAAAUUUUCUAUCUUCAGUUAUAAGAUGCUAUGGUGUUCAGUUACAUCAACAAAGCUUUUUAACGUAUUAUAACAAUGGUUUUUGAAUUGAAACAGAUGUUUUAUGGGUAACUAAGCUUAAAGAGCUGCAGCUACAACACAGCAUUUCAAAAUACUAUAUUUUAAGCAUUCUGGGUGACAAGAUAUGAUUCUUUGGAACCAUUUCAAAUUUUGAGUGUUCAUGUCAUUAGGCAUAUUGUUUUCUAAGGAAUGGAUCAGUACAAUAUCCUGUAAGGGAACUAUUCUAAAAAUACUAUGUAUUUAACAUUUAAAAAAAACAAGAAUUUCAGUUUCAACAUAUAAUUAUAUGUUGAUGAUUCUGUCUCAGUAUGGAAGCUGUAGCUUGGCUGUCCAAAUUUUAAUUUUUUAUUCUAUGAUUUUAAAAAUCCUACUUUGUUUCUAUGUGACAAUGCUACUGGGUGAAGCUGGUGACUUACCUCCUUUUUAAGCAAAUUCUUCCAACAUGUUUUUGACUGCAACCUCAAACUAGUCCUCUCUCAAACAAAAUUAUUGAGGCAAUAAACAAUUUCUGAAUACUUUAUUAUGCCUUUCUUUUACUUUAACAAAAUCUUGAAUACCGUACAGAAUCCUUUUCAUUUCACGCAGACUGUUCAGGUCACUUUGAUUUUCUCUCUUUACAAACUCGUAGCUUAUUUCUUUUUUAUGUAUUCUACAUUUUUUGAUUAGGCCGACCUACAUCUCAGGCUGAGCACACGUUUUUGUAGUAAAGUUACUUCACAUACACCCACAAUGUGUCUGCCACUGCACUCAUUCCUGGAAAGAUUCACAAACAGAAUAAUAAUGAUGAAAAUAAUCAGUUUAAGGCAACACAGAGCAGUGUUUGAAACAAGUACAGAUGUAAAUAAUUUAGGAGUAAAGGAGUCAACACGUUUACAUUUCAGUGAGUUGUCUCCUCUACUUCUAAGUUAUUUACAUUGUGCCAGAACUUUCCUUACCAUAUUUAUGAAUGUAAAUGUGAACUAUUAUGAAGCUUCAGUAUUGCCAUUAUCAAAUAACUUUUUAAGAGUGUGUCACCCUCAUCUAAUUCACAUAUUGCAAUACUGGAAAUCAUAUUACUACGUAACCUUUACUGUGAAUGCAAAAGCAACACAUCGGAACAAGUGGCGGCAGCAGCAGUAGCAGUGUUUGUGUCAGCUGAAGACCAUGUUCAGGGCUCCCUCUCUUUUUAAGUGACUUUUUUUAAUUUUCCUGGAAGCUGCCCAUAGGUAGCCUCCGCGUGUUCUCCGGCUUGCCCCAACAUGGGCUCCGAUGGCAGCAGGAUACCAAAGAUGACUGAAGCAAAAAAAGAUGAAGACUAAUACAUGGCUCCUGGACCUCCCACUCUUCAUUGUGUGUGUAUAUAAUUGUGUGGGUUUCCCACAGCUGUACAGGCUUCCUACAGUAAUACUGACUGUGCCUUCCUGAACCACUUUCCAUCUCCUGAUUUGCUUUGUGCAGCCAUCAGUAAUAUCUCUGUUGUUAUUGUUACUGUUGUUGUUGAUGUUGUUGUCAUUGUUGCCACUGUUGUUGUUGUUGUCAGUGUUGUUGAUGUAAAGAUCCAUUAAAUUAUUGGCUAAAUGUGUAGGUCAAUAUAUUUAUGCAAUUAGGUUGAAUAUAAUCAUUAUCUGGUGUGAGAAGCCCAAGUGUUAUGCAGAACAUACUAUGUUAUGUCCAAUUCCAAAAUACUGAAAUAAUAGUAAAACUGAAGGUUUAAACUGUGAUAAAAAUACUUGGAAUGACUGGCUUGCCUUGUUGCAUUGCUUUAUCUUCUAAUGUGCUCUCCCUCUCUAGAAUCCUUUUAACAGUUUUCUGUACUUCGGGAACUCUUCAGGCAAUAUUAGUAACAUGUUGUACUGUGUUCCAUAGUCUUUUAUCCUUAGGCUUGGCUUCCACAGCCUCUAACUUUUCUUCACAUAAUACUUCUCAUCACCAAAAUUACACUGGAUCACUUCAUUGCCUCAUGAUUAGUUAUCACAGCCACUUUGCUUGUAUCUGUUUACCUGUUAUAGUUUGAGCUUUCUUUUCUUUAAAGUAGUUACAUGUAUUGGUGCAUCAAAAAAUAUUAUUCUGUUGAGUAACAGUGUUUCAAUAAUUUGUACUAUUUUUUGUUAUGGGCUCAUAUUGUUGAAUCAGGGAUCAAACAUACUAGAGGUGUGUGUGUG